UAAUCGGCAUUUCAUACGGCAACACUGAUUUCGGAAUCUAUAAAUCUUUCUGACCGCCAUUGCAACGUUUUGCAAAUUUGUUGAUAAAAUAGAAUUUUUUCGCUCUAAAAUUAUUGAAUUAGUUACGAAAUGUCAAAAGCACAUCCACCAGAGUUGAAAAAGUAUAUGGACAAACGAAUGUUGCUUAAAUUAAACGGUGGACGCUCCGUCGCCGGAAUUUUGCGUGGCUUCGAUCCAUUCAUGAACGUAGUGCUAGACGAAACAGUGGAAGAGUGCAAGGAUAGCACGCGAAACAACAUCGGUAUGGUGGUUAUCCGCGGUAACAGUAUCGUUAUGGUAGAGGCGCUCGAUCGAGUAUAGUGCGGUUAAAGAAGCUCCACUUCACAUCUUAUUUGGUACAUAUAACAAAAUAUUUAAUUUUGGGGGAUUUCGGUGCGACUCUAGGCAAUGACUCUCGCUUUUUUUUUUUGCAGCAUUAACUUUGUAUAAAUUUAAAAAUUAAAUAAAAAUAAAAACGUGUCAAUAGUGAAGUUAAGAAU